CGGCGGGGGCGGGGCCGCGGUCCGCGUGGGGCGGCCGGUGCGCGUGGCGCGAGCGCCGGGAUGGAGGCGCAGCUGGAGGUCGUGGAGAAGCUGGAGAGCCUGGCGUUCGAGCCCGGCACCGCCGGCACGGCGCCGGGCGGGGAGCGGCCGGCGGGCACGGAGGACGCACCGGCCCCUCCGGAGGGCGGUGGGGAAGCCCAGGCCCCGCUGCCUCCGGCCGCAGGAGCGCCCCGCUCGCCGUCGCCUGCGGGAGCGCCCCGCUGGCCGUCGCCCGCUCGGCUCAGCACGCCCGCUGCCGCUGGGCCCUCCUCGGACUCGGACAGUGAUACGGAUUCAGAUAGUUCAUCAACUACAUCCUCCUCUAUAUCUUCACUAGUAUCUGAUGAAGAUGAUCAUCCAGAUAAGAAGGGUAACAGAUCUUACUGUGUUAAAACAAAAGAUGAAUUACCUAUUGACGAACUACCUCCUGUUGAAGACUUAUCAAUAAUUCUGCCGGAUAACAUUGAACUGAAGCUCUUCGGGACAGUGUCCAGCAUUAUUGAGCAGCUAGUAGUAAUUGAAUCACUGAGAGGCCUACCUCCAGUAAAUGAGGAGAGCAUAAUUUUUAAAGAAGAUCGGCAAGCAGCAGGAAAGAUAUUUGAGAUAUUUGGUCCCGUCGUACAUCCUUUUUAUGUGUUAAGAUUUAACAGCUCUGAGCAUAUCAAAGAAAAAGGUAUUAAUGUGCAAGAUAGCAUGUAUUUUGCUCCAUCAGUGGAGGACUUCACCCAGUAUAUAUUUGCAGAGAAACUAAAAAUGGAGAAAGGUUCAGAUGCAUCUUGGAAGCAUGACCAAGAACCACCACCUGAGGUCUUGGAUUUCAGUGAUGAUGAAAAAGAAAGAGAGGCAAAACAGAAGAAAAAGAAGCCUGAAAGUGAAGGAAGGAAAAAACUCAGAUCAGAAACAAUUCCAAGUGAGAAGAAAGGAUUUCACCAGUCAACAUGGCAGCCUGCUUCAAGUUAUUCAAGGGGAUAUCGUGGCAGAGGGUUUGCCAGGCAUUCACUUCCUCCUCCAUCAGGCCCUCGAGGGUUUUGGAGACCACAAGUAAGACCACCACAGCUGUACUCUUCAGACAGGAGGAUACACCAGGAAUCGCCAGUGUUUCCACAACGUUAUAGAAAAGAAUAUCCAAUGAUGCAGCAGUAUCCCUGUCCUCCUCCGGGCUUUGGUUCUGUCAAUGACGUGCAGCAAUUUCCCCCUCCGCUUUCCAAUACGAAUAUGAAUUGGACAGGCCCAAACAUGUACAACUCGUCAUACCCAUUUUUACCACCUCCUCCUCCGCUGCCACCUCCCCCUCCUCCAGAUAGCCAUCCUUCCCAGUUCAGGCCUUACUAAGUUUCCAUAAAUGUGCAUACAGAACAUUGCAGUAUACAGGACUGCCGAGACUGUAUUCCUUUAUUUUGAAGAUACUUUUACUGCAGCUGUAGAACAAAUGCAGAAUUUUGUACUUUGUGGGACGGUCACAGAAAAUUAUUUUUUUCUAUAUAUGUUUUCUGUUUCGAAAAAGAAAAUUAUAAAAAUAACUGAAUAUUAAAUAAUUGUUUAUUUUUAUAAUAUCUGUUCCUUUGAAAUGAUAAAUAAAAACUUUUUGGAGACUGGUA